UGAUAAUAAUAAAAAAGAAUCAUGUGUUUUUUAUUAUCAAAAAAAAUGAGAAUUUGAUGAUAAUUCUUUCGAUUCAAAAUGAUCCAAACAUUUUGGAUCAUCAAUAAUCGUCAAUGGCGAAACUAUGAUAAUAUAAUUGUAAAAAUUAUUCGUCCAAUUACGAAUAGAAAUGAUCGAUUGAUUCAAACAUCAUCAUCAUCAUCAUCACAUAAAUCGAAACAAAAAGAUAAAGUUUCAGCAAUACCACAUCCAACAUCAAAACUAAGAUUAUUUAACUAUGCUGUACAAGAAAAUGAAACUGAUUAUGAAAAACGAUUACGUUUACGUCGAAUACAGAUACAAAAUCUUAAUCAUGAAUAUUGGUCAAAAAUUAAUACCGAAUUCAAUCAGAAAAAGAAGAAUUAUGUUGAAAAUGAGCUAAAAAAUCGACAAUCCGAAAUGAAUUUUGAUUCUACACAAACACAUGAAGAAUUGGCACAAUUUUAUAAAAAAUUUCUAGAUGAUAAUCAUCAACGAUAUAUUAGCUAUAAUUCUCAAUGGUAUCGAAAUAAUCUAAAUCUUUUAUGGCAUUCAUUAAUUGUAUCAUUCAUACGAUUAGGUCGUCGAUUUCAUCGGAAAUAAACAUUUGAAAAAAAAUCGAAUCAAAAUUCAUUGUUAUAAAUUAUUAGUCUGUUGGUUUC